AACACCACUAACAUAACACUAUGAUGAUAACUCUCUCACACUCUCAUUACUCUAUAUAUAAAAUCACACUACCAAUUAAACUUUAAUACUUCUUCAUCUAAGCGUGCGAAACUCCUCAACCCAUUUCAUUGGUUAAAAAAAAUGAGAAGAUCAAAUAUUGAUGAUAGUACUUCAGAGAAAAAUCAAAUUUCCAUGCUUAAGAUUUUUGAUUCAUCUUUGAGGCUCAUUUCAGUUCCUCUAUCUGUGGCAACCAUAUGGAUUACUGUUACUAACAAGGAGGACAAUACUAGCUAUGGAGUGCUAAAAUAUAGCAACUUUUCUGGUCUCAAGUAUAUGGUUUUUGUGAGUGCUCUAUGUGCUGCUUAUGCUAUUGUUGCUGCAGUAUGCUCAUGGGUUAGAUUUCUAGUUACCAAAGCAUGGAUUUUCUUUAUAUCUGAUCAGGUUGUAGCCUAUUUAAUGGUAACAUCAAUUGCUGCAACAAUGGAGAUAUAUUACCUUGCUUAUAAUGGUGCAAAAGAAGAUUCUUGGAGUCAAGCCUGCAGUUCAUAUGGAAAAUUUUGCAGCAGAGUAAAGCUAGCUUUGAUCCUCCAUUUUAUUACUUUUGUAUGUUUCUUUAUUUUAGCAGUGAUUUCAGCUUUUAGAGCCUUCAUUGUGUUUGAUCCUCCAUCUGUCAUUUCUCAAGAUGUGGAUGAAGUUAGACAUUAAUUUGAUGCUUGGUUUUGUGGAGAUUGUUUUGAUGUUUGCUUGUAAUGUCUCAUACUUACCUCAUACUUUAUAUUUAUAGGGAAAACCAUAUUGCAUAUUAGUAGUAUAUUAA